GACUCGGCUCGGGGGCCCGCGGUGGCAUUCCCGGCAGCGCCGCGAGCAGGCCCGCCUCUGGCGCCCGGACCGGGGCGGGGGUGUGGGGAGCCGCCGAGAGCCGCCGCGGGAGGCAGCAGUGUCGCCGCCCCGAGCGACACCCCUGGCGGUGCGCUGCGGCCGCGCGGGAACCGGGCGGCGGAAGACGAGUCCGCGGGCAUGGGCCUCCUCUCGCUGGAGCCGUCGCUGCCGCAGCUACCCAGCGUCCCGGGCCUGGUCCUCGCCGCGGCCCUGCUGCUCUGGGUCCUGUGCCUGCGCGCCCGGCGCACCAGGAGACCUGGUGAGCCUCCAUUGAUAAAAGGCUGGCUACCUUACCUUGGAGAGGCUCUGAAAUUACAAAAGGAUCCUUUAGGUUUCCUGAGAACUCUUCAAAAGCAACAUGGUGACACUUUCACUCUUUUCGCUGGAGGAAAGUAUAUAACAUUUAUCCUGGACCCUUUUCAGUACCAGUUAAUAAUGAAAACUCACAAAUUAAGCUUUCGAAUAUUCAGUAAUAAACUAUCAAGGAAAGUAUUUUCCAUCAAAAAGUUGGAAACCACUGAUGACCUGAGUAAUGACCUCCAUGGCUGCUAUCAUCUUUUACAAGGGAAGUCUUUGGAUGUACUCACAGAAACCAUGAUGCAGAAUUUAAAACAAGUUUUUGAACUCCAUCUAUUAAAAACCACAAAUUGGGACAUGGCACACCUGUUGACAUUUUGCAGCUCAAUUAUAUUUGAGAUCACGCUUAAAACCAUAUAUGGAAAAUCUCUUGCUGGCAAUGGAGAAAAAUUUAUUACUGAGCUAAGAGAUAAUUUCUUAAAAUUCGAUGACAAAUUCCCAUAUUUAAUAUCAGAUAUACCUAUAGAGCUUCUAGGAAAUAUCAAGUCUAUUAGAAAGAAACUUAUUAAACACUUGGCAUCAGAACACUUAGGUAAGACACAAGGAUGGUCAGAAAUUGUUCAAAUGAGGCAAGAUGUCCUGGAGAAAUACUAUACGCUUGAGGACUUUGAAGUAGGAGCACAUCAUUUAGGCUUUCUCUGGGCUUCUGUGACAAACACUAUUCCAACUAUGUUCUGGGCGAUGUAUUACCUCCUACAGCACCCAGAAGCUAUGGCAGUGCUGCGUGACGAAAUUGACCAUUUGCUGCAGUCAACAGGUCAAAAGAAAGGGUCUGGAUUUCCCAUGCACCUCACCAGAGAACAAUUGGACAACCUGGUCUACCUAGAAAGCACCGUUCUCGAGGUUUUACGAAUACGCUCAUUUUCAAGCAUCAUUCGUUUUGUUCAAGAGGAUUUGACUCUACAUUCAGAGACGCAGGACUACUGUUUGCGAAAGGGGGACUUGGUAGCCCUCUUUCCUCCAGUCAUACAUUACGACCCGGAAAUCUUUGAAGCUCCAGAGGAGUUUAGAUUUGAUCGUUUUGUAGAAGAUGGUAAGAAGAAAACCACCUUUUUCAAAAAAGGAAAAAGGCUGAAGUAUUACCUGUUGCCGUUUGGUAUUGGAACCAGCAAAUGUCCAGGCCGAUUUUUAGCAGUUGCUGAAAUAAAGCAAUUGUUGGUUGUACUUUUAACUUAUUUUGAUUUAGAACUAAUUGAUGAUAAACCUGUAAUAGCAAACCGAAGCCGCCUUUUGCUUGGUGUUCAGCAUCCAGCUUCUGAUGUUUUCUUUAGGUACAAAGUAAAAACUUAAAGGAGCUAAAAAGAAAGAAAAGAAAUCUAUCCGAACUAACCUAAAUAUCCUCAGCUCAUCUAUUUGUUUUGAAUUUCUGCAAAUAUAAUUGUUUUAUUUUUUUGUUUAAAAAGUGCCCACUUAUAUUUGACCUGUGAUCAGUCCAGUUUGUACUUGGUCACAAAACUCAUCAUAAACUAAAAUACGAUGUCGACAUGAAAAUAGACAUAAAAAUCAGCAUAAUGAUAAACUCAAAAUAGCAUUUUUAUGUUUUUCUACAUAUUGUGAUUUUCUCCUGUCAUAGCAAAUGUACCACAAUAAAUUUGGCACUGUGAGAUUUUUUUUAAGUCACUCAGAUUCUUCUCUAAUAUGUAAACCCACACUUUAUGUACUAGUGGAAAUUUGUGCUGGAGAUGGACACAGUCUAACAAAUUCAAAGUUCUCAGAGAAGAAGGAAAUUAAAUUUUCAUGAGAUAAACUGGAUGAAAAUGUUCCCUUCAAGUGUAAUAUCAAUAAUAUCUACGUCGGCUAGGUACGCUUGCCUUAAAUGAGUUUUGCAGUAGAUUAAAUGCUUCAACUUCACUUCAAUAUUUAAUCAUCCAUAAAUGUCCUUUAUUACUUUGUAUACUAUAGCUCAAUGCAACAAAAUUUCUUGUCAUGUAAGACCACUCAUGUUAAGUUAGAUACUGAUAAGAUUUAAUGUAUAAGAACACACAAAACCUAUUAUAUUUUUAGCAAUUGCUGGAGACAUUAGUAUUAGGUUUGUUGUUAAGAGCAAAUGUUGAAAUCAUGACAGGAUUGAUGGUAGCAUUUGAUUUAAGUGUAAACUAUGAGAGUUAUGCCAGUAUUGCAAUGAACUCUUUCCUGAACGCUUCCAUUUAUAUAAACUGAGAAACCAGAUAGGGGUAUUUGUUCUUGACACAUCACCUUUUUGACUUAGAGUUUAUCUGUAUUCUUUUGAGUUACACCAUUAUGUAAUGCCAUAUAAUUUUAUAUGCCACAGUGCAGCAUUGUGUCCACGAUUCAGUGCUUUCUAAUUUCAGGUUACUGGGUGGUGGUUUAGCAUCUGACCUAAAUGAUGCUGCUGUAUUUAACAGGAAAAGCAGAUAAUAAGAUUCAGUUAAUAUGCAUUGCAUGGAUUGGAACUUCUACUAUUUCAGCUUCAUGCUAUUGUUUUUAAAAAGGAAACUGAUUUUUAAAGUAACAUAUAUAAAAUACUUACAAUAUUUAAUAAUUAAUAGAUGUUCUAGCAUUUAUAGUCUCCUUCUUGAAAUCCAUGCUCUGAACAUUUCUUAGUAAGGCUUUGCUGGGUUUUGAUGGAUUGGAGAUGUCUUUAUUUUCGCCCUUGUUCUUGAAAGAUGUUUUUGCUGUGCAUACAGACCUCUUUCCUCCCAGCACUCUGAAGAUACUGUGUGUUCUUAAGGCUUCCACUGUUGCUAUCAAGAGGCUAGCCCUUAGUUUAAUUAUUCAGAGGGCAGUCUACCUCUUCUCUCUGACGAUGUCAACAUGUUCUUUUUGUCUUUGAUGUUCUUAGUCUCUAUCAUGCUUGCAUGUCAUGGUGCCUCUUGAGUCUGAAAAUGUGUGUCUUUUAGGAAAGUAGGAAAUAUUCUUAACCAUCACCUCUGAGUAAUACCUCUCCCAGACUCCUUUAGAUCCUCCCACUCUGCACGCCAUGUUAUUUGACCUUUCCUCCCCGGAUUUUCUACUUCUAAUUUACAUCCUAGGGCAUUUGUUUAGAUCUCACUCUCAGUUUAGUCUCUGUACAGUGUACCUAAUCUGCUCUUUAUCUCAUCCAUGGAGUUUGUUUCUUUCUUCUUCUUCUAUCUUUUUUAAAUAUCUGUUUGUUUAUUUAUUCAUGGGAGACACAGACAGAGAGAGAGGCAGAGACACAGACAGAGGGAGAAGCAGGCUCCAUGCAGGGAGCCCGAUGCGGGACUUGAUCCCGGGACUCCAGGAUCACGCUCUGAGCCAAAGGCAGACGCUUUAACCACUGAGCCACUCAGGCGUCCCUCUUUUUUCUUUUUUUUUUAACUUCAUGGGAUUGAGUAAUCAUAUCCCUUAUACCUCUUAGUUCUUGGUACACAAUUAUGAUUUGUCCAAGCAAGGCCUCUCUGACUUUAUCUCCUUCUAUCUUACCCCGAAUCUUCACUAUUAUACUCCUCCCCAUCAUAAGCAAACAUUCUAAUGUUUUUGAUAUGUAUCUUUUCAUAACUAAAUAUUUUUAUAAAACAUAUUACCUAUGUGCAUGUUAAUGUACAUAAACAUACUUUCUAUAGAUGAGAUCCUUCUUAAUUUUCUUAUUAAGCUCUGUGUUUUUAAAGAUAUAUUCAUAUAACUUUAUAUAUAUAUACACACACAAAUAUAUACAGAUGUAUAUUAAUCUGUUGCUUCUGACACCUGUGUAGUAUUCCGUAACAUGCACCCACCAUGAUUUAAUGAUCUCUUCACCUUGGGAUGGAAACUAUAUCCAUUAGACCCUUAAUUUGAGGGAGAGGCCAAAGCAAGAACUAAAAACUCUACCCCUACCUACCCUCCGACUGCUGUGUCCACCAUCCACUACCCUGCGCUGCCGCAAACUCUGUUCCCAACCCUUGUGGUGUGCACACACACGUACACACAUGCACACACACAGUUCACAACUGCCUUCAUUCACCCUUUGUAUGUGUGUAUGUGUUACUAAUUUGUUACUUUCUAUCCUCAGGUCCUUACGACCCUCUCCCUUCUGUGGGUUGAUUCUGAGCCAGAGUGCCAGCUGCCAACUUAUCAGCUUUUGGUUUUUCUGAUCCCACUGAAUUUGCUAAGUUCGAUGAUUACAUUUUCAGUUUGAGAAUUCUCUUUUGUUCUUCAUAUCUUCCUGGUAAUUUUUGAUGUCUUUUCCCUUCAUCAUAGGCUCAAUAUCCUCUUUCAUUUUUUAAAGUAUAUUAAGAAACCUGUUUUAUAUUAUGUGUCUGACACUUCUAAAUCAUUAGUGUUUUGUGGGUCUGAUUCUAUAGUUUGUUUGUUUGUUUAACUCUUAGUACAGCAUGCUUAUUGAGCCCAUAUUCCUUGGAAUUUUAUCUCUGGAAGCAUGUUUAUUGAGCCCAUAUUCCUUGGAAUUUUAUCUUUGGAAAUAUUUUAAGUCCUGAGUUUAAAACUCACUCCUUCAGGGAGAAGUCGAGUUUCUUUUGUCUGACUGCUGAUGUUAUUAUCAAACACAGUUCACUUUAAGUUUGCAGCUUGAGUAUUUUGGGAGGGGAUGAGGGAUGGGAGAUACAUAAGUAUUGUGUGUGGGUUCUAGCCUUGAAUCAGCUACAAAGCUCCCUAUGACUAGGAAUAGACAGGAGAGACUUUCUGUUUUGUUUUUGUUUUCCUUCACCAUCGCUGAGAGAGGCAAGUCUACUCACAGUUUUGCUCUGUGGAACAAGGUUUCUUUCUAGUUCCCCUACUAAGGAAAUUCGCUUUGCAAGUUCUUGGCUUUGGGUGGCAGUCUUGGAUUUCACACAUACACACCCAGCUUGGAACCUAGGCUUUAUCUUCUGCCUGCCACAAAGCAUAGCCCCUUCUUUUUAUACUAGGAGGACAUCUAGCCCACCAUAUGACCUGAAGCAGAGACCUCCAUAUUCUUCUAUUUGUCUCAGUAGUACACUUCUGCAAUGGUAUAGUAGAGAGAACACAGGAAAUUAUUCAGUUCUAAUUUCUGCUUAACAUAUAAUUAGAAGUGUGUAUAGGAAUGUAGAAUACAAAGUAAGAAUAAACAAAAUGAGAAAAUAUUAUAUAAAAGGGAUGGACAGUAGAAACAAAAUAAGAGAGUCUUAUUAUAGGCUUACAGCUAGUCUUUAAAGUGUGUUUAUGAGUAGAAAAAAAUACCAUGGAUAAAUAAGUUUAAAAACAUGGAUUCUAGCUAUGAUAUGACUAGUUUGUUAUCAUCGACCAGUCAUUUUGCCUGUCAUUGCUCCAGUUCUUUAUAUGCAAAAUAAAAAUAAUAAGGCUUUUUUGACUUGAGGGUUCAUGAUAAGGAUUAAACAUAGUAAGAUGUGUGAAUUUAUUUUGAAAAGUGUAAUGCAGUAUGCAAACAUGAAGUCGUAAAGGAGAUAAUUUAACAAAGUUGUGUCUUUUUAAGACUGUUCUUAUGUAUUUGUUAAAGGGAAUACUUUUUUUAGUCAUACAUAGUUCAUUAUUCAUUAAUUCAAUCAAACAUUUAUUAAGCAUUGCCUCUGUUCUAGAUAUGUUGCUAUGUACUGGAUUACCCUUAUUCAAGAACACACAAUGUAUUGGGGAAAACAACACAUACACAACUAAUUUAAUGUAUGUGUCCUUGUAAGAAAUAAAUUCAUCUCUUUAAAACAGUUCUACAACUCUCAUCUAUCACUAGAUCUAACUAACCUUACAUCACUCAUUCCAAAGUAGUGUUCUAUAAUGAGAAAUUACUAUGUACAUAAUUAUACACAAUAAAACAUAUACACUGGGUAUUGUGAUUAUAUGACAAAAAUAGCCAAACCAAAUCAUUGAGACUCUAAAAUGUUUUAAAGGGGAUCCCUGGGUGGCUCAGCGGUUUAGCACCUGCUUUUGGCCCAGGGAAUGAUCCUGGAAUCCCGGGAUCGAGUCCCACGUCAGGCUCCCUGCAUGGAGCCUACUUCUCCCUCUGCCUAUGUCUCUGCCUCUCUCUCUCUCUCUGUCUCUCAUGAAUAAAUAAAUAAAAUCUUAAAAAAAAAUAAAAUGUUUUAAAAACAAUAGUUUACAUAUCAUAAGAAUCCAUCUUUUCAUUUUUACAGCCUCCCUUAAGUUUGAAAUUAAAGGAAAUGAAUAAUAAUACUGUUUUAUGUCAGUGACCAACAGUAAUAAAGCAUUCAGUUAGCAAAAACUAAAUGCUCUGAGGAUAUUAAGAAAAAGCCUGUUUACCACUAAAUAAGGCAUGCUGCUAAGCAACCCUUAUGGGAACAUUUAUUUGCCUUCUUUUGGCUUUCUUGGCACAUGUAAUUAUAUUUUCUCCAUUUUAUCAUUAAGUGUGAGGUCACUAGUCUAAGGUAAAGGAGUUUCCAUACCGAAAAUCUACAUAAUUACUCCUGUUUAUUUUCUCAUAAAAAAUAAUUUGGGUAACACUUCUUGUAAGUGUCUUCUAAUUUAACAGUGGAAUCUUAAAACCAAUUUCAAAGAUCAAAGUACAAAAGUUAUUCAGGUUUUGAUCUUAGUAUAAAAUAAUGUCAAUAAUUAUAAAAGAAUCAUUAUGCCCUUAGAAUGAGCACUGUUUUUAACCUAUUAAAUUCACACUAAGGCAAACUAUUAUUUACUUGAACUGCAUUAUUAGGUAUUCAUAUUCACAUACUCAAUUAAGAAAAAGUUAGCAAGCCAAGAUUACAUUCCCUGUAGCAUUAUUUUAAAUUAUAAUGAGCAAUCACAUAAAACUCUCUACUAUUUCUCUAAAGUAAUUAUUACUCAGUCUUCUUCAUAGUGUUAAUCUAAAUCAGUGAUCAAUGAUGUUUGGCCUUUUAGCUUAAAUCUUUAUUUUGUUUAUAAUACUUUUCUUGAAUAAGAUACAUUUAAUUUGUGAAAAACUCCAUUGUACAAUUUUAAAUAGAUAAUUUGGCAAUACUUAUGUUUAAAAAUAUUUUUUAGUCAAAGGAGUGCUGUAUAUUCCAAAAAACUGUUGUUCUGAAUUGUUUAAUAUUACCCUUUGAUUCUAAAAUGGUAUUUAUGUGGAUUUAUGAGGAAGCAAAUCUUAAAAAGACAUUAGGUAAGAAAUGCAAAUGCUUUGUAAAUCUAUUUAAUUACCUUUUAUUCACAACAAUAAUUCAAUAAAUCAACUUUUAAAGCA